AUUUGCUGACUGAGAGAUGCGGACAUGUACCCGUAUAUAUAGCUAAUAAAUUUCUUUGGCCGGCGUUAGGUCUGUAUCAGAGUUCUCCCUUCACUUCUUCGCCGUGUGAUGAGUAGACGUUGACCCGUCGUGAUCGGAGCAACUUUCUGAGUUUAUGGGGCACUGUUGCAGCAAGGUCGUCACCGACGACGGCGUCGUCACACCGGCAGGUGGCGUCGUCACCACUGCAGCUGCCGCCGGGGACGGCCAGCGCCCCAAACCGCCUACUUCCCCGGCACCUUUUCAACAUUCCUCCACGAAUGGGAUCGAUGAGAGUCAUUCCAGCAAGAACACUCCGGCUUAUUCCUUCACCGCCAGUCCAUGGCAGAGCCCCUACCCGGCUGGCAUCGGUCCCUCGCCGUCUCCGGCUGCAACUCCGAGGAGGAAAUUCAAGUGGCCAUUCCCUCCCCCAUCUCCUGCGAAGCCUAUAAUGUCGGCUCUGCUGAAGCGGCAGGCUCCCGCUUCAACUAGACCAAGGGACGGGCCAAUUCCGGAGGAAAAUGGAGGCGGAGGAGGAGAGAGGCAGCUUGAUAAGAGUUUCGGGUAUGCCAAAAACUUCGCGUCCAAGUAUGAGCUGGGGAAAGAGGUGGGUCGUGGGCAUUUCGGUCAUACUUGUCUGGCUAAAGGUAAAAAGGGAGAGCUCAAGAAUCAACCUGUAGCUGUGAAGAUCAUUUCCAAAGCAAAGAUGACAACUGCCAUAUCUAUUGAAGAUGUUCGUAGGGAAGUGAAAAUUUUAAAAGCGUUAUCUGGACAUGAUAAUUUGAUUAAGUUUUAUGAUGCAUGUGAGGAUGCUCAAAACGUCUACAUUGUGAUGGAAUUGUGUGAAGGAGGCGAACUAUUAGACAGGAUACUAUCAAGAGGUGGAAGAUACACAGAGGAGGAUGCCAAGAGAGUAAUUUUGCAGAUAUUAAACGUUGUAGCCUUUUGUCAUCUUCAAGGUGUUGUGCAUCGUGAUCUGAAGCCUGAGAACUUUCUUUUCACUAAAAGAGAUGAAGAUGCUCCCCUGAAGGUUAUCGAUUUUGGUCUAUCAGAUUUUAUCAAACCAGAUCAACGUCUCAAUGAUAUUGUUGGGAGUGCAUACUACGUUGCACCUGAAGUACUACAUAGAUCAUACAAUGUUGAAGCAGACAUGUGGAGUAUUGGUGUCAUAACCUAUAUCCUGUUAUGUGGAAGCAGACCUUUUUGGGCACGCACAGAGUCUGGAAUCUUCCGCUCAGUACUGCGAGCAGAUCCUAAUUUUGCGGAUGCUCCUUGGCCAGGUGUAUCAGCAGAAGCCAAAGAUUUUGUGAGAAGACUUUUGAAUAAAGAUCAUAGAAAGAGAAUGAGUGCUGCACAAGCACUAAUUCAUCCUUGGCUGAGACUAGAAAAUUUUUCUGUUCCUUUGGAUAUACUAAUCUAUAAGUUGGUCAAGUCAUAUAUCCGAGCCUCACAUUUGAAACGUGCUGCACUAAAGGCUCUUUCAAAAGCUUUGACAGCACAAGAGCUGUUUUACCUCAAGGCCCAAUUCCAGCUUUUGGAACCAAAAGAUGGUUUUAUAUCACUUGAGAACUUCAGAAUGGCUCUCAUGAGACAUAUGACUGAUGCAAUGAGGGAAUCUAGGGUCUUUGAAAUUUUAAAUCUGAUGGAACCACUAUCGUAUACACAAAUGAACUUUGAAGAAUUUUGCGCUGCUGCAAUCAGUGUGUAUCACCUUGAAGCACAUGAAAAUUGGGAUCAAAUAGCAAGUACUGCGUUUGAGAAUUUCGAAAGAGAAGGAAACCGUGUAAUUUCUGUCGAAGAAUUGGCACAGGAACAGAACUUGGGUCCUACGGCUCAUGCUCUACUUAAAGACUGGAUAAGAACCGACGGAAAAUUAAACCUGCUUGGGUAUACAAAGUUCUUGCAUGGCGUGACAGUUCGCAGCACGAAUUCAAGGUUCCAUAGAUAGCAUCAAUCUCUAUGAAGGAGACUUCAUUAGUAGUAGAGUAGAUAAGUGCAUUUUUUCCAUCAGCUUUUUUUUUUUCUUUCCAUAUGUGCAGGGAUGGAUGAUUUUGAACUUUAUUUUUCAUUAUUUGAUUAAAGUUAAAAGUGCAGAGGGCAGUACAUCGUUUGGAUGAUCUCGAACUUGCAUAUUCUUUUGAAUGUUGCAAAUGAUUGUUUAUUCUUGUUUGUAAUACACGCGUGUCUAAACUUAACAGUUGUGCGGUUGAGUAAUCGAAUUCAAUGAUUUGUUGUUCACAACCUUGGUAAAUAUAAUCUUUCAUUUCCCCCCUA